AUGUUCCGGCUCCUGCGCGCCGGCCUGGGCCGCGCCCUCCUGCGGGCCGCGGGGCGGCGGGGCCGGGGCUGCUGGGCGCCCCUGCCCUCGGGGCCGGCGGGAGGCCGGGCUCCGGCGGGGCGGCUGCCGCCGGCCCCAGGCGCUCCGCGGGGCGGGGGCCCGGGCCCGCUGCCGCUGCUGGCAGCGCUGGCGUGGUUCUCGGGGUCCGCCGCGGCCGAGGAGCCGGGAGCGGGCGGCGCCGCCGGGGACGCGGAGGAGGACGAGGCGGAGGCUGAGAUCAUCCGGCUGCUGAAGCGAGCCAAGUUGAGCAUCAUGAAAGAUGAGCCAGAAGAGGCUGAGCUAAUUUUGCAUGAGGCACUUCGUCUUGCCAUUCAGAGUAAUAAGAAGAAGGCCAUCAUUUACACUUAUGAUUUGAUGGCCAACUUAGCAUUUAUUCGGGGUCAGCUUGAAAAUGCAGAAAAACUUUUUAAAGCAACAAUGGGUUACCUGCUUGGAGGAGGCAUGCAACAGGAAGACAAUGCAAUAAUUGAAAUCUCUCUAAAGUUGGCCAGUAUCUAUGCUGCUCAGAAUCGACAGGAAUUUGCUCUUGCUGGCUAUGAGUUCUGCAUUUCCACUCUGGAGGAAAAAAUUGAAAGAGAGAAGGAAUUAGCAGAAGACGUUUUGUCAGCGGAAGACAAAGCCAACACCCGCCUCCUCCUCGGCAUGUGCUUAGAUGCUUAUGCUCGCUACCUUCUGUCCUCCAAGCAGCCAUCACAGGCACAAAGGAUGUACGAAAAAGCUUUGCAUAUUUCUGAAGAAAUACUAGGAGAAAGACACCCGCAGACCAUUGUGCUAAUGAGCGACCUGGCUACCACCCUGGAUGCACAGGGCCACUUUGAUGAGGCCUGUGCUUACGUGCAGAGGGCAUGCGACCUGGCAAAGCAAGUAGGACACCCUGAGCUGCACAUGGUGCUCAGUAACCUGGCUGCAGUUCUGAUGCACAGAGAACGAUAUGCACAAGCAAAAGAGAUCUACCAGGAAGCACUGAAGCAAGCAGAGCUGAAGAGAGAUGAGGUUUCAAUACAGCACAUCAAGAAAGAAUUGGCUGAGUUGUCCAGAAAAAGUAGAUCUUCGCCUUAG